AACGUCCUGCAUGUGCGGGCGGUGGGAUCCACCGACACCAUCCACUACCUGUGGAGCACCCUGGGGGCGCCCACCGUCCUGCUGGUCUACACCAGCAGCCCCAACAGCUCCCUGCACAUCGACUGGACCCGGCUGGAGCAGCGGGACCCCUCCAACGCUGUGCAUGUCGAGCCAGCCGACGCUGUCGUCCACUCCGCCGCUGUCGUUUUCUCCCGGGUGUUAGAGUACGAUGACGUGGGUGACGUGGCCGACAUCUCUCGGGUGCCGGUAAGCAGCUUCUACCCAGCGUACCGGCUGGAGGAGCUUUCCUGGGACAAUGUCAACGCCACCCUGGACCCCCGCCGCCUGACCGCCCAGCUCCGCGGCUGCAACGCCAGCGACCAGCUCUUCGGCAACGGGAGCUUCACCUUCCGGAUAGCGGCCUUUGAGGGCACGAGCCGGGACGUGGAGUUACCGCGCCUCCUGCACACGGCCAACAGCUCGCGGCUGGAGUUCCUCAUCGAUGGGGUGGUGCCCCGGGGGAACCGCUCUCGCUUCGCCCUGGAGCUGUUCAUCCUGGAGGGCCUGGGGGCAAGGCCUGAACUCCGACUGCACCACAGCAUUGACGAUGAGUACACCCCCAGCAUCUUCCAGAUGGAUCAGCUGGUAGCGCUGGGCGAGAACGGGAGUACAAUUGCCAGCUUCCUCCAAUGGAAGCCAGUGGCCUACACUUCCCAGCAUCCCUCACUGGCCAACUCCGUGCCCACCCGCCAGUACGGCCUGCAACCGGGCCGCAACCACAGCCUGCCGGCCUUCAGCAUUGCCUACGCCUUCUACGGUGCCCCGCUGCCCGGGGGACCCCGCCUGGCAGCCAUGAACAUCUCCUUCGGUGGGCCGGGCAGGGGGCUCUACGAACCUGGGAGGCACAUCAGCUGGUCGGCUCUGAUUGGACACGGGGAGCCUCCACAGGAGCGGUUCUCUAUCCUGGUGGUAGUGAUCAUGACUGUGGCCUUGGGGUUGCCUAUCUUGCUGCUGUUGCUGGGUGGAGUGACGGUCUGUAUUGUACACCGGAGACGAACCGCCACUCUCUACCAGCCCGUCAACUAGGCUCCCUGGAACCUGACAGACUGCACCACCUUCUGCAUUGACCAGUCUCCUACCUCCUCUGUGGUCCAGGAGGCGCAUUGCAACUGCAGGAUGAACCCUGCAGACAUUUUUACCUCAUUUUUACAAUGUUUAAACUGUUACUGCUUUA